AUGAACAUGGCUUCAGCAUGUGAAGACCGCGGCGCGAAACUCUUCGACAUGGCCGAUCACGCCUCGCAACCCGUGGCAGAACCUGGCGACACGUCGGUUGACGUACCGCUCGAUCCCAGCGCGCCAGCAGCCGAUCCUGCCACUUCUUCCGAGCAGCUCGAGUCGACCGAGUCGUCAAACCCCAAACCCGCAAAGUCGAGCAUAUGCGAAGUCUGCAACGUCAAUCCGGGCAAGUAUAAGUGCCCCCGAUGUCGGAUGCCAUACUGUUCGCCCGCGAAUCCGUUCAACACACUCGCGUCGUCGCCGAAAUUGCAAAUGCUCUUCCAGAAAUACCCCCACCUCCCUGACCAGCUCCUUGCCAUCCACGCCGCCACCCAACCCCCACGUCCACCGGCCCGGCAGCGUUCCCCGGCGCCCGGCCUUCCGAGAGCCGGCGCCUUGAUAAAGAGAUUUGGAGCCGGGCGGCGGGCUAAAAAGGGCACAGAGGCCCUCAAACGCGCGAGGAACGCCGACGGCGAAGAGGGCGAGGCCGUGCGCGAGUAUCAGGAGCUUGUCCUGCACCUGUUGGCCGGCGGGGACGACGGUGCCCGAAACGCCAUGCAGAGGCACCUAGCGGACCAAGACAAUGCGCUGCUCAGAAGCUUUGUAGCCGCGGAGACGCGCCAGUCCAAAGAUUGA